AGCUCUCUAAACUUAAAAUACAAGUAUAUAAAUGUAAUCUUAAGAGUUUGUGAAACUCUUAAGUUAUUUUCGCGGGUAAAUUUGAACGUGACUCGGCAAUCAUUGGAAAUACAACCGAAAAAUGGCCGACUAAGUCAUUGGAUUGUACAAUUUUUUAGAUAAUAAAACGAUUCAGAACACGACCGUAUCGAAUUUUUUUACCGGUUCUUAUCAGACUGAAACGCGAGAAUUUAAAGCUUUUGCUAUCAGAAAUGUUAAGCGAUAACAUCUCCGAACAGGAAGGAAGUUCAUUCUGCUUGUAGUAGAUGUGGUGCUCAUUUCGACGGGAUUCUUCCACAAUGGAACGAAUAAAGGACGAAGAUCGGAAGCUUCGGCUUCGAAAACUUGAGGAUUGGAUUCAGGAUGCGAGGGGCAUAGGAAAUAUUGAUUCAUUACUCGAUACUGUUCAAGCCUUAUAUGCUGAUUGCGAUCAUCCAGCCAUUAAGAAGUUAAAAAACGUAGAGGUUUACAGACAUAGAUAUGACAAUUUUGCAAGUGAAAUAGUAAAUCUACGUAUGAAAACGGACGAUUACGAGCACAUAAAAGUAAUAGGUAGGGGAGCAUUUGGAAAGGUACAGCUUGUACGUCAUAAAUACACUCGACAAAUUUACGCUAUGAAACGUUUAAGUAAAGCCGAUUUAAUUAAACGUUCGGAUUCUGCAUUUUUUUGGGAAGAACGUUACAUAAUGGCACACGCAAGUUCGGAAUGGAUAGUUCAAUUGCAUUUCGCUUUUCAAGAUGAGAAACAUCUUUACAUGGUUAUGGAUUAUAUGCCGGGUGGGGAUAUUGUUAACUUAAUGUCGAAUUAUGAAAUUCCUGAGAAAUGGGCUAAAUUUUACACGAUGGAGGUCGUUUUAGCUUUAGAUGUAAUACAUCGUAUGGGGUUUGUGCAUCGCGAUGUUAAACCUGAUAAUAUGUUGUUAGAUAAAUACGGUCAUUUAAAGUUAGCUGAUUUCGGAACUUGUAUGCGUAUGGAUGAAGAUGGAUUGGUAAGAUCAAAUAAUGUGGUUGGUACGCCUGAUUAUAUUUCGCCAGAGGUGCUUCAAAGUCAUGGUAAAGGUAUUUAUGGAAGAGAAUGCGAUUGGUGGUCAGUUGGAAUUUUUGUUUAUGAAAUGUUAGUGGGCGAAACUCCGUUUUAUGCCGAUAGUUUGCUAGGAACUUAUAAUAAAAUCAUGUGCCACGAAAAUAAUUUAUCGUUUCCACCCGAAGUUGAAAUCUCCAAAGAAGCGAUCUCAUUAAUUAGAGGUCUUUUAUGUGAUCGUACGAAACGUCUCGGUAGAAAUAGCGUCGAUGAAAUAAAAAAUCACCCAUUUUUUAUAAAUGAUCAAUGGACUUUCGAUAAUUUAAGAGAUUCAGUGCCUCCAGUUGUACCAGAAUUAACGGGCGAUGAUGAUACAAGUAAUUUUGAUAAUUACGAAAAAGAUGAAAGUCCAGAAGAAAUUUUUCCCAUACCAAGUAAUUUCGUUGGAAAUCAUUUACCAUUCAUUGGAUUCACUUAUAACUCUGAUUAUCAAUUAUUAGCAGCAAAAGAUAACGUAGACAACGGUAACAUAAAAAGUAACGAUGCUCAAGUGACAAAAUUAGAAAUUCAGUUACAACAAGAACGCGAAAACGUUGAAUCUUUAGAAAUUAAACAACGAAUUUUAAUUGAUCAGUUAGAAAAAUUAGCUCAAAGGGAAUGUGAUUUACGCGAAGAAACUGCAAAAUACGAGAAAGAAAUUACACUUUUACGACAUAAUUACAAAGAUGUUCAAAGAAAAGUUGAAAGCGAAAGUGAGUUAAGAAGAAAAAAUGAAAAGUUAUUAAGCGAUGUUAAAAAACGUUUAGAAGAGGAAGAAUUAAAACGCACGCGCGAAAUGAAUAAUAACCAACAACACAACGACAAAAUUAAUUCGUUAGAAAAGCAAAUAAAUGAACUUCAAGAAAAAUUAAAAGCUGAAAACGAUGGGACGCAAAAACUUAGGAAACAAUUAACUGAAUUAAUGAUGGCUAAAACGACCGCGGAACAAAAAGCUUCUGAAUAUCAAACAAUGCUUCAAAAUAUUCAAACUCAUCGGGAUAAUUUACAAUCAGAAAUGGCGAUUUUGCAAGGACAACUUACUCAAGAGAAAAAUUCUAGGACGCAAGCCUCUGAUCAACAAAUUGCUUUAGAAGCUAAAUUACAAUUGAUUAAUACUGAAUUAGAAAGAAGUAAACUGAGGGAGGAAAAUAUCGCGACUGAUAAUGCUCAAUUAGUUGAAAAAAUCGCUUCUCUCGAAAAAGAUUGUGCCAGUUUAAAAUUGGAAUUAAAAGCUACCCAAAAACAGUAUCAACAAGAAGUUAGGGCUCAUGAAGAAACCGAAAGAAGUCGAAUGUUAAAUAAUGAAGAAGCAAAUAUGGUUAAGGCUCUCCAAACAAAAUUGACUGAAGAAAAAAGUGCUCGCCAAAAAGCAGAUUUAAAUUCUCAAGAAAAAGAAAGACAAAUUUCUAUGCUCUCUGUUGAUUAUCGCUCGAUUCAACAACGUUUACAGAAGUUGGAGGGGGAAUAUCGCCAAGAAACUGAAAAGGUAAAAGGGCUUCAAGGUCAAAUGGAACAAGAACAGCAAAAGAAAAAUUUGAUGCAAACUGAAAUUAGUCAACAUUUAUCGGAAAACGCACAAUUAAAAGCAAAAGAAGCCCAAUUAACCAUAGAAAAAACUCAAUUAUUAGAAAGUAAAAAAAUGUUUGAAGAAAAAUUUUACAACAUUAAAAGAGAAUUCUCAAUGGAACAACUAAAAAUGAAAGAUAUGCAAGAAAAUUUAGAAAGCGAACAAUAUUUCGCGAGCCUAUAUAAAACUCAAGUAAACGAAUUAAAAGAGGAAGUUGAAGAAAAAAAUAAGUUAAAUAAAGAAUUUGAAGAGGAGAGAGAAUCAUUAAAACAACAAUGCCAAAUUGCUUUUGCAAGAGCUGAUUCCGAAGCUUUAGCAAGAUCGAUCGCCGAGGAAACCGUUGCUGAUUUAGAAAAAGAAAAAACAAUGAAAGAAUUAGAAUUAAAGGAUCUCAUUAAAAAACAUCAUACCGAAAUAGCUACGAAAGAAAUGAUUUUAAACGCUUCAAGAGAAAAAGAAAUUGAAAUUAAAAAAUAUAACGAAGCGUUAAUGAAAGAGAAAGAAGAAAUUUUAAGAGAAUUAAAACAGGUUCAAGAUGAAUUAGUGCAAAAAUCAACGAAUAACGAAGAAAUGCAAAAAUUAAGGGCCGAAUUAAAAAGGGAAUCAUUAUUGAAGCAACAAGCUGUUAAUAAGCUUCAUGAAAUUUUAAACAGAAAAGACUUAAAAGAAACCAAAGGAAAAAAUAAAAUUACCAGUGCGGAUUUAAGAAGGAAAGAAAAAGAUUUAAAAAAACAACAACAAGAACUUAGCUUAGAAAAAGAAAAAUUACAACAAAAAAUUUUCGAAUUAAAUGCACAAUUAAAUGAAGAGAUCAAUCAAAAACAAAGGGUUCAAAUGGAACUUGAUAGUAAAGAUUCGGAAAUUGAACAAUUACAAAUGAAAUUGAGUACACUUUCCUGUGAAACUGCUUCUUUAAGUUCAGCUGAUAAUGAUGCUGACGAAUACGGGCCUGAUUCUUUAUUUGAAGGUUGGCUUUCGAUUCCCAAUAAACAAAACAUUAAGCGACAUGGUUGGAAAAAACAAUUUGUUGUUGUUUCAAGUAGAAAAAUUAUUUUUUAUAAUUCGGAGAGUGAUAAACAAAAUAGAGAUCCAGGAAUUGUUAUUGAUUUAUGUAAAGUUUUUCACGUUCGAUCUGUUACACAAGGCGAUGUAAUUCGUGCUGAAUCCAAAGAUAUCCCGAGAAUAUUUCAGUUAUUGUAUGCGGGAGAAGGGGAGGCGCGGAAAAGUGAUGAACAAGUUAACAGUUUGGAUGUUAGUUCGAUUAGGAGCGAGGACAAUAAACCAGGGACAAUAAUGCACAAAGGUCACGAGUUCCUACAGAUCUCUUUUCACAUGCCCACCACUUGCGAAGUCUGUCCAAAACCGAUGUGGCGCAUGUUUAAUCCUCCACCAGCUUUAGAAUGUAGAAGAUGUAGAACGAAAAUUCAUAAAGAACACUUGGAUCACAAAGAAGAUAAUUUGACACCAUGCAAAUUACAUUACGAUCCAACGUGCGCUCGAGAAUUAUUGCUGUUGGCGCAAACAAUCGACGACCAAAAACAUUGGGUGACUAGGUUAAGUAAGAAAAUACAAAAGUGCGGCUAUAAAGCGAAUAAUUCAAACACAGAUACGGCGAAGAUUUCCCCUCGGGAAUCGACUAGAUCUUCAUUGAAGCCGUACAUGAAUAUUGUACAACGUUCCGCAACGUUACCUGCAAAUUCUUCCAUGAACAACAAAUGAAAAUUAAAACUUUUUAUUUCGUUUAAACUACUACUUAGAGCUGUGAAAUUAACUCUAUUUUUAAAAAGGUUAUCGCGAUGAAUGAUUUUAAAAAAAUUUUCUUAAUAAGUAUACUUAAAGAUGAUGAUACUUUACUGCUUUAAAUCUUAAACUUUGAAGAUGCUUUUGUUCUUAGUUGAAGCAUGUUUCGCUAUUUCCUCUACUUUUGUGAUUAAUAAAUAUAAAAAAUAAAAAUAAAAAGGGCUAAGCACUAAAAAGUUUUUAAAAUAAAUUAAUGGAGGCUCAAUAGGUAUAUAAGCUUAUUAAUUUAUUCAUGUUUAAUUCUUUUGUUACUAAAACAACUUGCCUUUUUAAUUCUUUAAUUUUUUAACUCUCACUAUUACAACAGAGCAUGUAUAUUUUCUUAUUUAUUAUUAGUUUGUUACAUUCCGGUAGGAUAUGAACAGCAGGAAUUUAUUUUAUUUUUUGUAUAUUUUUGUUGUUUAUAUUUAGUAUUUUUGUUUUGAAUUGUACAAAGACUUUUUUGUAGUAGAUUAUUGCGUAUUUGUAUUACGAGCUAUUGUAUUUUUUUUUAAAUAUAUUAAGUCUCCUCGAUUUCUUCUUCAAUUAUCAAGUAAACGUGCCUUAAAUAUUUUUCAAAUAAAUUAAUCGUUAUUUAAUUAAAAAUAUUAACAGUACACAAAACCACAAGGAAUACUUAUUUUAUAAUAAGCGCCUUAUUUUGUAUUUUUGACGAUGUGUAAAACCAAAAUCAGAACAGUUCUUAAAUAAAUUGUUCGUAUUUAUAGUAAA